AUGGAUGAAACAAGGAACUUAAUGAAGGAACCCACUAUCCAUGAGCUGGCUGCUGUGGAGGAGAUAGAUAUCAGUAAGAUCGGGACUAAAAAGAUCUCCUUUGCCUCAAUGGUGAAAAAAGGAAACCAGGCAUCCCAAGAGAGAGAGGCAUCUCAGGAGCACAAAGAGGGGGAGAUAGUCAUGCAAGAUGAUAUGGAAGCUGAUGAAAGUGAUGAUGAAUCGGAUAUUCUCAUAAAGAAGUUGCCAAAUGGAUUAUACAACCUAGUCAUCAGUGAAGGAGUGCAGAGAGAAUUACGAAAAGAUUGGUGGGAGACCAUCAUUGUCAAGCUCUUGGGAAGGAAGUUCUCUCUCAUUACUCUCAAAAGGCGCUUGGAGGCUAUGUGGGGUAAGAUGGGGAGUAUAUAUGUUAUUGAUCUAGGAAAUGAUUUUUUCUUAGUAAAAUUUCAUAACUCUAGUGAUCUGGACUACGCUCUGAUGGAGGGGCCAUGGAAGGUAUUGGAUCACUACCUUACUAUUCGGCUAUGGCAACCGGAUUUCAAUCCUACCACGGCAGCAAUCAAUAAGAUAGCAGUCUGGAUUCGACUGCCAGACUUGCCUAUUGAAUAUUAUCAUAGAGCCAUUUUACAGAAGAUUGGUGGGAUUGUGGGAAGAACCAUUCAGGUUGACACCAAUACAGCUGAGAUCACAAGAGGAAAGUUUGCUCGUUUGUGUGUGGAGGUAGAACUGGACAAACCCCUGGUAUCCCAAUACCUUAUCAAUGGACAAGUGCAUAAAAUUGAAUAUGAAGGAAUUCAUCAAGUUUGCUUCCAAUGCGGUAAAAUUGGACAUGAGAAAGCUUACUGCCCAGAAAACAGCAAAGCAAACACAGGAGAGCAAACUCAGGCAGAGAGGGAGAAAGAGAAAGGGGAUGGACCAGAGGUUGAAGGAGAGGGUAGAACAGGAAUUACAACGGAGGAUAAGGGCAAAAAAGUAAUGGAAGCUUCCAAUGAUAACUUUGGACCUUGGAUGCUUGUACAACGUAAUACACGUGGCAAGAAGGGAGCGAGAGUGGGAGAAGGUGCGAGCAAAGGUGAUGGCAAGAAUGAAAAAGAAAGGAACGUGGGUACAGGGGGACAUGCAUCCCGAUUCAAAAUCCUGCAGACUGAAAAUGAGGAGGUACAAGAAUUACCUAAUCAUGAGGUGUCAGAAGUUGAGGCCGUUCACAAUAAAAGAGGAAAUGACAAAGCACCCCAACCCAAAGUAACCAGAGUUAACAAACAGAAUGAAGACCAAGCUCAAUAUCCUUUAACCAAAGCCAGCUCCAAACAAGCCCACACCAAUAACAAUAACCCAAAAUCCAAAGAUGCAAACACAAACGUAACCACAAGCCCAAAACAGAAACCACAAAGAGAAAACCAAAACCAAGUUACACAGUUUGGCCCAAACCAAAACACACACAAAGACCACCCAAUAACAACCAAUAUGACCUUCAACAGCCCCAUAAACCACUUUCAGGAGAAUUGCGCUGAACCUGAAGCCCACAGCCCAAACCAAUCCAUGGAAGUUUCAAAUACUGAAAGAGAGGGAAUUAUGAUGGAAGAACCACCUGAUCCCAAGCCCCCUUUUUUUAACUCAGAAUUCAUUUCAACAAAUUCUAGUGGCCUCAACAAUGCCAUGAUACCUGUUGAGAAAGAAAUACUAGUAAACGGCCUCAACAAUGCUAAUGACAAUAUGGAGGAAUCUCCCCUUCAGGGGGAUGAAAUACAAUGCUAG